AUGGCCUGGGGCUGCCUCCAGAGACCACAUGCAGAGGAUCUCUCCUCCCGCUGUGGCACACCCUGGGCGGGCAGGGGCCUGCGUCCAGCUCACAGGCUGCCCUCGGCUGGUGUGUGCCUGUGGGGUCAGGCUGUGGCUCCUGCCCCCUGCCGCCCCCUCUGCCACACAGGGCUCAACCCAGCGCCACACUCUCACCUCUCUGACCGAGCGCCACUACCCAGCCCUCGCCUACCACCCCUGAAUCACCAGGCUGCCUUUGGGAAGCUCAGGUGCCGUCACCAAACCCCCCCAGCAGGGGGCACCAGCCAAGCCCCCACAGGCCCGGCCUCGUGGGCCCACCAGGUACGUGCGCAGCCCUCCUCAGCGUCUCCACCUGCUCCUGAAGAGCUUGUCUACCCACGACUCUACAGAGCCUCCUGUCUAGUAAACUUGGUGCUGCUGCCCGCCUCAGGGUCCAGGAGCACCCCUCCCGCCACCCUCCGCCUACACUGCCUGCCGGGAUGCCCUGGGCCUGGUUGUCCUCACUUUCCAGGUCCAGCCUCAGUCCCACCCUGUCACCAGCCCCUUCCUCCUGGCCUUAGUGAGCAAGGCUGCUGUCCCCUGCCCCUGGAUGUCCGGCAUGGCCACUGGUGCUCAGGGGGAAGGCAGCUCCACACCUGGCCAUCCUCAGUGGGGUGCUGCUCCUCCUGCUCACUGCUCUGCCUCGUCUUCCAGGCUGGAGGAGCGAGGACUGCCCGUCACAUCAGCUGGCCUGCAGCGGCCCCUGCACUGUCCUCUUGGUGGUGGGGACCCGGGUGCAACAGGGAAGGCUGGUGGGUUGGGCUCUCAAGCUCUUUCUUCCCAAAGCUCAGCCCCAGGUCUGUGCUGGCCCAGGUCCCGCUUCCCAAGGGGGAGCAGGACUUCCUGCUUCAGUCCUGCAGAGGGGCCCAGAGGUCCCUGUGCCCCCAGCAGCGCCUCCUUCCCACGUCUUGUCCCUGCGGGUGCUUGCCCUCGGCCUUCUGCCUGACCCUGCGGUCCCUCCUACGUGUGCCAUCUUCCACGCACUGGGACAGGCCACAGUUCUUGUGGUUUUCUGUGUGAUCCUGCUGUUCACGCAUGAUCACUGAAUGCGCUGGCUGUGGGGCAUGCGCUGCGGAGCGCUGGCUCGAGGAGCCUCUGUGGUGGGGAGGGACAGAGGGACAGAGACAGUAGGCAUUGUGUCGGAGGACUGGUGGGAAAGAGGCUGGGAAGAUGGCAGGACCGGGCGGGGAGCAGGCAGGAGACAGCGCAGCCUGGAGGAGCUGGAAGGGCCCGGGCACCCAGCCUCCAGGGCACCAGCCUCCAGGGCACCCAGGCUCCCGGGAACCCAGCCUCCUGGGCACACAGCCUCCUGGGAGUUCAGGUCCUGGGCGGGAAUCACUCAACUCAGCAUGCCCGCCCCAGAGCCCAGAAGCAGAACAAAUGGGUGCUGGCACUGCUGUCCCCAAAUAGCUUGUGUCCACGUGGCAGCUGAGCAUGGCAGCCUGUGACUUGGGCUGCUGGAGCUCCUGGGGAGCCCAUACCAAAGAGAGAUCAGGACUGUUCUCCAAGACCAGUUGGGAGGCCGGACGGGAGGGCCAGGCCACACAGACGUCCCCUCAGAGAAGAGCGGAGCUCUGGAGAGUGUUCCCAAGUACAGGCGCUGUCAGCCCUCAGCC